AGCGAGAGAGAGAGAGGGAGACAGAGACCUAAUCCUCGAACGAAAUCAAUCCCAGAAAUCUCGUGUCGUCAAGCCUUGUCUUUUACCCAUUUCCGUUGUGUCGUCGUCCCUCGAGGAACUCUUACGGCUUGUACAAGUCAUUGGUUGAUGAUUUCUUCUUACGGGUGUUUGUGAGAUGGGGCUAAGAAGUUCUUCUUUGGAUGAUGUGAGAAACGGUGAUGAAAGCAACUUAGAGUCUGCUAAAGUUAGGACCAUUCGAUUUGGGAGCGAUGAAUGCGAAAUGCAAGUGAGCUUUGAUCAAUCAGUUGUUGAAUCUGAUAGCCCGGAAAAUCUGGCUAAAGAAGAUAUCAUCUCAAUUGAGUUCCAUGACUCUGAUAAGUGUGAAAGUUUCAUGGCUAAACCGAGCGACACCGCUUGUAAAGAAAUGGGCCGGGAAGACGAGGCUGCAGUGAAAUUGCAGAAAGUGUAUAAAAGUUUUCGUACGAGAAGGAAGUUGGCUGAUUGUGCAGUUCUUGUGGAGGAAGGAUGGUGGAAGGUCAUGGAUUUCGUGGAAUUAGAACGGAGUUCUUUGCUGUUUUUCGAUAAGGACAGGCAAGAAUCUGCGGUUUCUCGUUGGUCAAGAGCCAAAACGAAAGCAGCAAAGGUCGGUAAGGGCUUAUCGAAGAAUUCCAAAGCACGGAAACUUGCUCUUCAACACUGGCUCGAGGCGAUUGAUCCUCGGCAUCGAUAUGGACAUAAUCUGCACUUUUAUUACAUAAAGUGGCUUGAGACUCAAAGUAAACAGCCUUUCUUUUACUGGCUCGAUAUUGGAGAGGGGAAGAGAGUAAACCUGGAAAAAAGUCCCCGGUCGAAACUUCAGCAACAGUGUGUCCAGUACCUCGGUCCACUUGAAAGGCAGGCUUAUGAAGUGGUUUUGGAAGAUGGGAAGUUCCGGUAUAAGCAAACCGGAGAGGUAAUUCACACAGUUGGAGAAAAAUCUAAAGCCAAGUGGAUAUUUGUUCUUAGCACAUCAAAGGUUUUGUAUGUGGGGAAGAAGAAGAAAGGUAGAUUUCAGCACUCAAGCUUCUUGGCCGGCGGAGUAACGAUCGCUGCUGGACGACUUGUGGUCGAGAAUGGCGUUCUCAAGGCAGUUUGGCCUCAUAGUGGCCAUUACCAACCAACAGAAGAAAAUUUUCAAGAUUUCAUUGCGUUUCUGAGAGAGAACAACGUAGAUCUCACCGAUGUCAAGACAAGUUCUGCGGAAGAAGAUGAACAAGAUGCGAUCAGAGGUCGUCACCGGAGAAUUGGGUCCUUAGACAUGGAAGGGUUUGAUGAAGAAACGCAUGAAGCAGAGCAAGAAAGUGAAAGACAUAGUACAGAACAAACAAAGAACUGCAUCAAGGGCAAUUGGCAAAAACCAUUUACAACAUCAGUGGAAGAGUUGCUUGAGAAAGAAGUAAUUGUUUCCAGAGAUUCGAUCCUCGGGAGAAUGAGCUCGAGGAGGGAGACUGGUUCGUAUCAGCUCGGGAAAUGGUUGUCGUGUCGAUGGACGACAGGUGCAGGACCGAGGAUCGGUUGUGUGAGAGAUUACCCACCUGAGAUGCAAUGUAGGGUACUGGAGCAACUGAACUUGUCUCCGAGAAGAACCCUAACUUCUUCUGCAAGAAAAUGCGACUGAAUAUUUCUCUCACUACUUUGAUUGGCAUUCGGAUGUUUGGAGAUUCCACUUGUCCCUAAUGUAUGUUUGGAAAAAAAAAAUAAUUAAAAGAUAAAUACAAUAAAUGAAGAG